AUGCAGAGGAAGAAGGAAGAGAAUCUAUCUCUUCUCAACAUUGCAAAGAAUGAAGUUCCGGAAUCAGAAACUACGAGUAAUUAUGGUAUAGUAGAUUCAGGCACCGCUCUCCAACACUUUCUCGAUUCAAUCCCUAUCUCUUCCAUUCCCCCCGGCAUUACAAACUCAUCCUCCGCUGUGGAAAUCAGAGCAGGCGAUAGCGUCGGAGAUGCCAUAAGAGCGCUGAGCGAGAACAACGCCUUGGGAGGACUCAUCGCCGAUGAACCUGAUGCUAUCAUUGCUGACGAUUCCAUUGCCAAAUUUAUGAAUAACAAUCCUUCCAACCGUUACAUCGGCUUUAUCGACUUCGCCAGAUUGUUUCUAUGGUCUCUCCAGGAAUGUGGAAAGCAAUGCCACCAAAUUAGCGAAGAGAAGAGCAGCAUUAGCGAGGGAAGUUUCUUCUCAAUGCUUGAUCAGAAUCCCGACGUUGCUCGAACUAAGAUAGUUGUGCUGGCAAAGUCAUUUAUUUGGCAUCCGUUUCUACCUGUGCAACUCAACGACACUCUUCUCCAUGUUUUACUCCUUUUCUCUAAACAUCGACCGGAGUUCUUACCUGUCGUCGAUCAAUCCGCCGGCGGCAACAACGUCACUGGCUUUGUCACAGAGAGCGGGGUGAUCCAUCUCCUCCUUAUGUCUAGCGGACUCGAAUGGUUCGAUCAAAUUGCAGACAAGCCCUUACAUGAUUUCAGGUUCGAUCUUGCAGAAAGAACAAUGUAUGUAUUCGGAAAUCAAAGCAUUGAUGAAGCAAUUGACAUAUUAUGGAAGAACAGAGACAUUGGUGUAGUUGCAGUAGUACAGAGCACGAAGAGGUUGAUUGGAUGGGUUAGGAGAAGUGACAUACAUCUUCUUCUGGACAAUCAUGAACUAUUUCACAUGAGAAAGAGCCUAAGUGUUGAGCAGUUCAUUAAAAUGUCUCCUCCUGAAGAGGAAGAUAAUCAUUUAAUUAAUGCAAUGGGAAGUAGUCUUACACUGAGGAACAAUUUCCUACUGAAGAUGGAUUCACCUGCCACAGCCCGAAAAACUGAUACCCUGAAACAAGUGAUGGAGAAAUUGGCAAAAAAUAAAUCAAGUUUUUGCUUUUUGGUGGAUGAUGAAUCACAACAAUUACUAGAAGGUGUAGUGACCCUGAGAGAUGUUAUGCUUCAGUUUGCCCCACCUUCCGUUGAUUCGAGAAUCACUGGAGGUAGCUUUUUUGAGACAGCAUUAGAACAGACUGGGUGUAGAAUUCAAAAUGGAACGGUGGUAUGUGAUCGUUGAUAUCUUUUAUUUGUUUAUCUAAAUGCAUGUUUCAAGGAAUAACACCACAUGCAAACUUACUUACUCUGCAAUGUUGGUGUCUGAUACGUUUUUUAGCCUGUAAAAGAAGAAUUUACUUUGAUCAGUUUGACAGACAAAUUAUACUGAUUAUCUUUUCAAAUUUUCAUGCAAAACAGUACACAUAUUGGAGUUGUUUUGAUUUGAAAUAUAUUUUAAAUAAUCUCAAAUCAAAGAAUCAGUAGGAGCCAGAAUGAGGAGGUCAUAUUUGAAGAAA